AUGCUUUUAUUUAAUCCAAUACGUAACCAAAUACCAUUGUAUAAAAAUCACAUUAAGUUAUCAGCAAAAAGUUUAAUAUCUACUACUGCUAAAACAAUGUCUAUUAUGUAUCGCAGACAAUUAACCUCUGGUACCUCGUCAAAUAUAUCUUUCAAAUCAAGACUAUCAAAGAUUAAAUUAAUACCAGAUUUUUCCAAAUAUAAAUUAAUUUCACAACCACCAGGUGGGGUUAUUGGUGAUGUAAAUGAAGCCUACAAGCCACCAAAACCAGAUUAUUUUGAAGGUUCAUAUCAUUGGGACUACGAAAGACUAACCGCAAUAUCACUUUUACCUUUAACCUUAUUUCCAUUUUAUUGUGCAUUUUCUAGUACUACUGCUAUGUAUCCGUUAUUAGAUACCACUCUAUCCACAUUUCUAUUAAUUCAUGUAAAUUUUGGUUUAAAAAGUUGUAUUAUAGAUUACAUACCCAAAAGAAAAUUUGGAGUUUGGCACACGGCUGCAAUUAGGCUUUUACAAUUGGGAAGUAUAUUAGCCUUGUAUGGUAUUUAUGAUCUAGAGACAAAUAACAACGGGAUAAUUGAUUUAUUAAGUCAAUUAUGGAAAGAUCCUGAGACUAAUUUAUACAUUUUUGGAAAAUCUCAUUAG